AUGGAUCUGGAUACUCUGGAUCAGGAUUUUCAGGGUCUGGAUAUUCUGGAUCCGGAUUUUCUGGGUCUGGAAUUUUUGGAGUUGGAAACCAAGGAUCUGGAUUCUCUGGAUCAGGAUUUUCUGGUUCUGGACUCUUUGGAGACAGCAACAAUGGAUCUGGAUUCUCAGGAUCUGGACUCUUUGGAGGCGGCUACUCUGGAUUUAGUGGCUCUGGAUUAUUUGGAGGUGGGUACUCUGGAUCAGGAUACUCUGGAUCUGGAUUCAGUGGCUCUGGAUUAUUUGGAGGUGGUAAUUAUGGAUCUGGAUACUCUGGAUCAGGAUUUUCAGGGUCUGGAUAUUCUGGAUCCGGAUUUUCUGGGUCUGGAAUUUUUGGAGUUGGAAACCAAGGAUCUGGAUUCUCUGGAUCAGGAUUUUCUGGUUCUGGACUCUUUGGAGACAGCAACAAUGGAUCUGGAUUCUCAGGAUCUGGACUCUUUGGAGGCGGCUACUCUGGAUUUAGUGGCUCUGGAUUAUUUGGAGGUGGUAAUUAUGGAUCUGGAUACUCUGGAUCAGGAUUUUCAGGGUCUGGAUAUUCUGGAUGCAGAUUUUCUGGGUCUGGAAUUUUUGGAGGUGGAAACCAAGGAUCUGGUUUCUCAGGAUCUGGAUUCUCUGGUUCUGGAAUCUUCGGAGACAGCAACAAUGGAUCUGGAUUCUCAGGAUCUGGACUCUUUGGAGGCGGCUACUCUGGAUCCGGUUUCUCAGGCUCUGGACUCUUUGGAGGUGGCUUCUCUGGCUCUGGUUACUCUGGAUCUGGUUACUCGGGAUCUGGCAUCUUUGGAGGUGGCUUCUCCGGAUCUGGAAAUUCAGGUUCUGGAUACUCAGGAUCAGGGCACUCUGGACAAGCUGGUGGUGGACUAUUUGGGGAUAGUUCAGGAUACUCAGGAUCUGGAAACUCUGGAUCAGGAUACUCUGGAUCUGGAUAUAAUGGAGGUGGGCUGUUUGGGGUCUCUGGAUACUCCGGGUCUGGAUACUCUGGAUCUGGAUACUCUGGAUAUGGAGAUGGCCUCUUUGGGGGUGGCAGUGGUGCCGGGGUGUUUCCUGGAAACUCAUCUGGAUACCCUGGUCACUCAGGUCAAGCUGGAUAUUCAGGGUACUAUGGUACUGGUCUUUUUCCAACUAGUUCACAAGAUUCAGAAACAAUAAGGGCUCGUCAUUCUCGU